ACUUAUCUCCUUCUGCUCUCUGAAGACUGCACAGCAAUGUUUCUCAGGCUAUUGGUGUUGUUCGCUGCAGCUGUAGCAGGUGCAUUCGGCCAGUAUGGCACUUCUUACGCAAGGUCGUCUGUUUCCUAUGGGUCUAGCCCAGCCUACCAACCAAAGCCAUCUUACCAGAAGCCAUCUCCUAGUUACACAAGUUACACUCCAGCCUGCUCGAAGAAGACCACAAAGCCUUGGUGCCUCGAGGACGAGGAAUACCCGACCUACAACAUCACCCAAGCAGCCAAUUACCACUCUGAGAAGCUUCUUUCUCUCUACGCCGACGUGAAUGACCUCAGCACGAAGCUCUCGGUGGACCGCCCAAAGGGCUUGCAGGAGGAGACUUACGUCUGCAAAACCGCCACGUCCUACGUCAAGCCUCUGAGGAUCCAGAAUACCGAUGGUCACUGGAGGAUCAUCGUCAACAACAUAGACCUAUACCACCAGAGGCUGACGCAGACAACGCGCAUCGAGGAGUGCCAGGCCCCAGGAGACGUCUGCCGCAAGGUUCCCGACUGCUACAAUAGCAAGUGCCUUCAGAAGUCCGUCUACCACCGCUUCCUGGUCUACGACCCAUACGACGAAUAUUUCCCCUUCGUGAUCGAGUCGUUCAAGCUGCCUGCUAGCUGCGACUGCCUGCUGGGUGCUUCUACCCUCGAGCAUUAGACUCAACAAACCCAAACUUCUCCACAAAAACCUUUAUUGAGGAGUCCCAGAGUCCUAAAACAUGACUAAAUAGUAACAUACUGUACAUGAAGAAAGCAGUUCUCUAGUCAUCUCGGUGCUAUUAUAUUAUUCUAUUUAUCAUUCAUUCCAGCAGUCUAUAUUAGUAUUAGUAAACAAAUGGCAUUCA